GCUGUAGCUCUCACAGAGGAACAGACACUUGUCUCACUCAUCAUCAGUUGUAGUCCUGAUCCACAUCGUCGGAGCCGGAGACGGAGAGGAUUCACUCGCCGAUCGCUUCCUUGCUGCUGCGCCGCCGUCUUCUCUUCUGUCGCUCCGGUAUCGAACCUCCCAGCGCUGGCUUCUACUUUUCGGUUUGCUGUUGGAUUAAGGAUCCAUCUGUUUGUACAAUCAUCCUCUUCGCCUCGAUCGGGGGGACAAGGACGGGAGAUUGGUUUUCAAGUUGGAAUCCUAUUCCUUGGGGAGAGAGGGCUGCGUCAACGACGAGAUUGAAGGGCACACCCGCACGGGGCUGCGGCUCUGUGGGGGCUCUAAAUUGCAGCCUUCUCAAGUGCCAUACCUAUACAGUUCUGCAAUUCUUAUGAGUUGGUCGUUUCAUGUUUUUUUCAGGACAUGUGUCUGUAGCAGUUCAUUUGAGGGAGUUGGUACCCUUGUGCGUCCAUUAUGGCAUUAGCUUCUGCCAAUGCCAUCUUUCCUCCCUCAAACCUUUCAUAUAAAGCUUGGGAGGACCCAUCAUUCUUCAAGUGGAGAAAGCGGGAAGCGCAUGUGCCAUUGCGCUCACAGGAUACGCUGGAAGGAGCCCUCAAGUAUUGGCAUGAGCGAAGGAAUGUGAACUAUCUCAAUGCUGACACUGCUGUCUGGAAUGAUGAUGCGGUUCGCAGUGCUCUAGAAAGUGCUGCUCUUUGGUCCAAGGGCUUACCCUAUACUAAAUCUCUAAGUGGACACUGGAAAUUUCUUCUGGCCCCUUCAGCAGAAAGUGUUCCAGAGAAAUUCUAUGAUACUCAUUUUGAUGAUUCGAAUUGGGAAGCUUUGCCAGUACCCUCAAAUUGGCAAAUGCAUGGGUUUGACCGCCCAAUCUACACCAAUAUCACGUAUCCUUUCCCAAUAAAUCCACCAUUUGUGCCCACUGAUAAUCCCACUGGCUGUUACAGGACAGUUUUUCACAUCCCAAAAGAGUGGAAAGGUCGGAGGAUCUUGCUGCACUUUGAAGCUGUUGAUUCCGCGUUUUUUGCUUGGGUAAAUGGGGUGCCAAUUGGGUACAGCCAGGACAGCAGACUUCCUGCUGAGUUUGAAGUUACAGAUUGCUGCCAUCCUUGUGAUUCAGACAAGGAAAAUGUUCUUGCUGUUCAAGUUAUGAGGUGGAGUGAUGGCUCUUAUCUUGAAGAUCAGGACCACUGGUGGUUAUCUGGUAUUCACAGGGACGUUCUACUACUAUCAAAGCCACAGAUUUUUAUUACAGAUUACUUCUUCAAAGCAACCAUGGAUGAGAAUUUCAGUUUAGCUGAUAUUGAGGUUGAGGUGGAAAUUGAUUCGCACAAGCAAGACCGGGAGCAUGUCUCAACUUUGUCUAUUGAAGCAGCACUCUAUGAUAAUUGUGGACUAUCCGACAGUUUAGAUGCUGAUCUUUCAUCUGCUAAUGUGGUCAAUUUGAAACCAAAGCCAAAAGCAACUCGAAGGCAUUGUCUUGGUUUUCAUGGUUACGUUCUUGGUGGAAAAAUAGAAAAUCCAAAACUCUGGUCUAGUGAACAUCCCAACUUAUACACACUUGUUGUUCUCCUUAAAGAUGCCAAGGGGAAGCUUAUUGAGUGUGAAUCAUGCCAAGUGGGCAUUCGUAAUGUGGUCCUGGCACACAAGCAAAUGCUUGUCAAUGGAUGUCCUGUUGUACUAAGAGGUGUCAACAGACAUGAGCACCAUCCACGCCUUGGGAAGACAAAUAUAGAAGCAUGCAUGAUCAAGGAUCUGAUUUUGAUGAGGCAAAACAAUAUUAAUGCUGUUAGGAAUAGCCAUUACCCCCAGCAUUCGAGGUGGUAUGAGUUAUGCGACAUCUUUGGUCUUUACGUAAUAGAUGAAGCCAACAUCGAGACACAUGGCUUUGAUGAAAAUAGCAAUUUCAAACAUCCUACACUAGAACCUAUAUGGGCAAAUGCAAUGCUUGAUCGUGUUGUUGGCAUGGUGGAGAGAGAUAAGAAUCAUGCAUGCAUUAUUGUUUGGUCCCUGGGAAAUGAAUCUUCUUAUGGACCUAAUCAUGCUUCCAUGUCGGGGUGGAUUCGUGAAAGGGACCCGACAAGACUCCUCCAUUAUGAAGGAGGUGGUUCAAGAACAUCAUCCACAGAUAUUGUAUGCCCCAUGUAUAUGCGUGUCUGGGAUAUUAUUAAGAUAGCAAAAGACCCAUCUGAAACGAGGCCCCUAAUUCUCUGCGAAUACUCGCAUGCUAUGGGAAACAGUAAUGGAAAUAUUGAUGCAUAUUGGAUGGCCAUAGACAACACUUUUGGGCUCCAAGGAGGUUUUAUAUGGGACUGGGUCGACCAGGGUUUACUUAAGGAGGAUUCAGACGGAUCCAAAUUUUGGGCAUAUGGUGGCGACUUUGGAGAUACUCCAAAUGACUCGAACUUUUGCCUCAAUGGCAUUGUCUGGCCUGAUCGGACUAUUCACCCAGCUGUUCAUGAAGUUAAAUACCUUUACCAGCCUAUUAAAAUAUCAGCAGCAGAUAACAUGCUUAAGAUUGAAAAUGGACACUUUUUCGAGACAACAGAUGCUUUGGACUUCAGUUGGGUUCUUCAAGGAGAUGGUUGCAUCUUGGGCUCUGGUUCAUUGAAUGUUCCGACUUUAGCACCGCAGACUAGUCACCUUAUCAACAUGGAAUCGUCACCUUGGUUUUCUCUUUGGACUACUUAUGCAGCCAAAGAAGUAUUUUUGUCUGUAAAUGUGAAACAGAGAUACCAAACACAAUGGGCUAAAGACGGUCAUCUCUUGGCUUCAGCACAACUUUGUUUACCUCAGAAAAAUGGCUUUGUUCCCCAUGCAAUAGCAUUCUCCAGUAGCCCUCUGGCCUGUGAACGCACUGGUGAUAGUGUAAUCAUCAGCAAGAAUAAUGCAUGGGAAAUCAAAGUGAACAGUCGACUGGGAACAAUAGACAGUUGGAAGGUCAACGGUGUUGAGCUUAUGAGCAAGGGGAUAUUCCCAUGCUUUUGGCGCGCACCAACUGACAACGACAAAGGAGGUUUCUACACCAAGCCCUAUGUUUCGCGAUGGAGAGAAGCCUCCCUGGAUAACGUCUCGUUCUACAGCAGCCAUUUCUCUGUGAAGGAAUUGCUGGACAACACUGUGGAGCUCUCCACCGUCUACUAUGGUCUUCCUGGGAACCUACCCAAGCCCGACGAUGCUGCUCUUUCACAAGCUCCCGAGUCCACUCUUUUCCAGGUGAACAUGCUCUGCCGGAUAUACGAGUCAGGCGAUGUGGUUCUUGAGUACGAGGUAAACCCCAAAGCCGAUCUCCCUCCCCUUCCCCGGGUGGGCGUCGUGUUCAACACCGAGAAAUCCCUAAGCCAUGUGACGUGGUAUGGGAGGGGGCCGUUCGAGUGCUACCCCGACCGCAAAGCCGCUGCGCAUGUCGGCGUGUACGAGAGCAGCGUGGAUGACCUGCACGUGCCGUACAUCGCCCCCGUCGAGUGCGGCGGCCGGGCGGACGUCCGGUGGAUGGCGCUCCGGAACGCCGAUGGCUUGGGCCUCUACGCGUCGGUUCACGGCGAGUCGCCGCCGAUGCAGAUGAGCGCGAGCUACUACGGCACCGCAGAGCUCGACCAAGCCACCCAUGUCCACAAGCUGGUGAAGGGGGAUGACAUCGAGGUGCAUCUUGACCACAAGCACAUGGGGCUGGGCGGGGACGACAGCUGGUCGCCGUGCGUGCACGAGCAGUACCUGCUGCCGCCGACCCGCUACGCCUUCUCCAUGAGGCUCUGCCCUCUGCUGCCGUCGUCGUCGUGCCAUGACAUCUACAAGUCUCAGCUCCCCAAGUGAAGUGACCGUGUGAUGUGUGGUGGAGCCCGGGGAGGUUCGUGAGAGCGGUUGAAUGGAACCAAGUGAAGUAACGAGGAAAUAAUGCAGAGACGCUUUCGCUCCUGCGGUGGCCACUGGCCAGGAUGUUGGGGCUGUUGGCCGUUUGGAAAUAAGCAAGGGAGCUAGCUUUCUGACUUGUACAUCUUGGAUCUGUUACUGGACAAUUGAUGUGGUACAUUAUAGUACAACUGCAUUGAAUCUUUGAUUCUGACCGAGU